GGCAGCAGAAGAGGUGCUGCGCUCGCCAGCUCAACUUCUCCGCACUGUUCAGCAGACAAACAGCGCCAGAACCGCCUCCUUCAGCCUCGAGCCUGGACGCUCCUCUUCCUCCUCCGACUGAAAGUCACUUUCGCUUUGUGUUGGGACGCUGAGGGUGAGGAAGAAGCAGCCGCAGAAGAAAGACUGACUUCUUCUUCCUUCGCUCAGAUUUUCCUCUCCCUCCCUCAGCAUGGCUUCAACUACCUGUACCAGGUUCACCGACGAGUAUCAGCUCUUUGAAGAACUGGGAAAAGGGGCCUUCUCAGUGGUCAGAAGAUGUAUGAAAAUCUCCACCGGUCAGGAGUAUGCUGCCAAAAUCAUCAACACCAAGAAGCUGUCUGCCAGGGAUCACCAGAAGUUAGAGCGAGAGGCGCGCAUUUGUCGUCUGCUGAAGCAUCCCAACAUUGUAAGGCUCCACGACAGUAUAUCUGAGGAGGGAUUCCACUACCUCGUCUUUGAUUUAGUCACAGGAGGUGAACUGUUUGAAGAUAUUGUUGCCAGAGAAUACUACAGUGAAGCUGAUGCCAGUCAUUGCAUACAGCAGAUUCUAGAGAGUGUAAAUCAUUGUCAUCUAAAUGGCAUUGUCCAUCGAGACUUGAAGCCAGAGAAUCUGCUUUUAGCCAGCAAACUCAAAGGUGCUGCAGUGAAACUGGCUGACUUUGGCUUGGCCAUUGAGGUGCAGGGAGACCAGCAAGCAUGGUUCGGUUUUGCUGGAACUCCUGGUUAUUUGUCUCCUGAGGUGUUAAGGAAGGAACCCUAUGGGAAGCCGGUUGACAUGUGGGCCUGCGGUGUGAUUCUGUACAUCCUGCUCGUGGGUUACCCUCCUUUCUGGGACGAGGACCAACACAGGCUCUACCAGCAGAUUAAAGCUGGUGCCUAUGAUUUUCCUUCUCCUGAGUGGGACACAGUGACCCCAGAGGCCAAAGACCUAAUCAAUAAGAUGCUGACCAUUAACCCCGCCAAACGCAUCACUGCCGCAGAGGCCCUCAAACACCCUUGGAUCUGUCAACGCUCCACGGUGGCGUCCAUGAUGCACAGACAGGAGACUGUGGAGUGCUUGAAGAAGUUCAAUGCAAGGAGAAAACUUAAGGGUGCUAUCCUGACCACCAUGCUGGCCACAAAGACCUUCACAAGCAAGAAUCCAUACAAGAAGCCUGAUGGCGUUAAGAUCAACAACAAAGCCAACGUAGUCACCAGCCCCAAAGAGCCCGUCCCCUCUCCUGCUCUGGAGCCUCAAACUACCGUUAUCCACAAUCCAACUGAUGGAAACAAGGUAGAAUCCUCAGAGAGUGCCAACACCACCAUAGAAGAUGAGGAUGUGAAAGCACGGAAGCAGGAGAUUAUCAAAGUGACUGAGCAGUUGAUUGAGGCCAUCAACAAUGGAGAUUUUGAGGCUUAUACGAAGAUUUGUGACCCUGGCCUGACCUCCUUUGAACCGGAGGCUUUGGGGAAUCUGGUGGAGGGAACGGAUUUCCACAGGUUCUACUUUGAGAACUCUCUUUCCAAAAGCCACAGGCGUACUAUCCACACAAUCCUGUUGAAUCCUCACGUGCACCUGAUUGGAGAGGAUGCUGCCUGCAUAGCUUACAUCAGGCUCACUCAGUACAUAGACGCCAACAACAUGCCUCGUACAAUGCAGUCAGAGGAGACCCGUGUGUGGCAUCGCCGUGACAGCAAGUGGCAGAACAUUCACUUCCACCGCUCCGGCUCACCAACUGUGCCCACCAAUUAAUGAGGCCUCAAAUGAAGACACUUCAUAUUAGAUGAGCUUCAGUCCUGCCCACCAAGUGUGUCCUACACCCAAACCCCAUCCGUCACACUCUACCUUACGAGUCUUGUUUACAUAUCGUCACUGCUGGACGGAGGUGGAGAAUAAUUAUCAUUUUGUAUCAGGAUGUGUGUGUAUGCGUGUGUUUGUGUGUGUGUGCACUGAGUACUAUUCACAAGUUUUUCUCAUAAGACAUUAAGUCUUUUCUCUUUUUUAAAUGUUCAGAUUUUCUAUGGUGAAAAAAAAAUAGGGUGUCAGUUUUGUUGCUGUAUUAAUCUAUAUUAGGGUGAAAGGAAAUGUUUAAUCUCUGUAAUCACGAUUACAAUGAAAGGUUAGUAAGUAAUAAUGUGGUACACCAACGCUAGAGCGCAUGCGUCUAAAAGGGUCAUAUUAAAGUAAUCUAAGUGCGAUAUCUGUCAGUGGCACCUCAAGGAUAUGGCUAACAGUGUAUUUCAGUCACUUCAGUUUCGUUGACAUCAGUGCUUUUCUAUAUUUCUAGUUUCAAGUGCAAUAUGCCAGAAAAAAAAUAAUUCUGAUCAGACGAAAUGAUUUGCUUUUGUUUUUGGUGAUGUAUAAGCGUUUGGUGAAGUUGUGAAGUGCUAUUCCUGCUUUAUCCUUUAGAGUGUUGACAGUUUACCGUGAUCUUAGUUUACAAGCUUCGUUCUGUUCCGUUUGCUAGGGUUCUAGUGGGUUUAGCAUCAGUGAUGUGUGAAACUGAUGAAAGGAACGCAUUAGCGUAUAGUUUCUACUUUUAUUCUAUUUUAUUCUGUGUAUGUGUUCGCCAGUACUUUAUCACACGAACACCGUAGAAAAACAGAUAUUUGUUAUAAAGAAUGUAACAGACUUAUGUACUCUACCAAACUGUUCAAUCAUGAUUUUAUUUCAUUCAUGUAUUGUGAGUUUUAUGGAUUUGUUUAGAUUUUUUUUAUAUCGUGUACUAUCACUCAUGCGGUAUUCUCGAAAAUUCCUCUUUCUCUGUAAUUUCAGUCUUUGAUCAGUUAACUUAGGCUGCAUGCAUAUUAGCUCAUGAUCAUUUUUCCUUCUGCAGUUCUUUCUCAGUAUCAUCUUCAUCUUGUGGUAUUUUUAUGUAGGGUCAAACAGAAUAAAAAAUGUUUAUGCUUUAUUAUCUGGGCAUGUCCAUUUAAAACAGCGCUUCAGUUAUUAGACUAAACUGGCUUCAGAAUACUUACAAUGUUGCAGCUGCGGUCAACGCAAAAGUGAAUUACUAAUAGUGCUGAAAAGUGCACAAACAAGGAUCAUUUAGGAGCAUUUUAGAGAGAUUAACACAGUUUAUUUGCAGAUUAGCUCAUAUGAACUAUCUGACUUGUGUAUCACAGUUUCAAAUCAUUUUCUCCUCUGCUUGGUUCAACUUAACAAGGAAAAGUGAACUGAAUUCUGCUUUUUCAAUGUUGAAUUUAGGAAUCAGUUUCCAUCUUAAAAACAUGGAUUAUAGACGAAUUUAGCCUGUUGUAUUUUCUUUUCUUUAGAUGUUUUAUAAGCCCCAAGCCAUUCCCAUCUUAUAUCGCUGUGACUUCGAACUAAGAAAUAAAUCCAAAUUAUACAAACUUGUAUAAAAAGUGAGAGUAUAAAUAUUCUAACAUUAAGAGGACAUAUCAAUAAAGAAAUAUCAAUUAAA